UCUCGCAACUCAAUGGAAAACCAAUCAUUCAACAGCGAGGCUUUGACACCUACGAUAGAGAGAUCAAGGAAACGUCGGCGAAGCAACGAACAUUCUGCGAAAGAGGGAGAAAAAGCGAUAAACAUUCAGGUUGUUGUAAGAUGCAGGGGGAGGAUUGAGCGUGAAAUAGCAGCAAAUUCUCCAGUUAUUGUCAAAACAGGUUCCCGAGAGGUACAAGUUCGAACGAAUCCGCAGGACACGCUACCCCAUAAAAAUUAUACAUUUGACAAAGUCUUUGGUCCAGAAGCGAAUCAAAAGAAAUUAUUUGAUACCGUUGUGGUUCCAAUCUUAAAUGAAGUCAGAGCGGGAUAUAAUUGCACACUUUUUGCUUACGGGCAAACUUCAACUGGCAAAACAUUCACAAUGGAGGGAAAGCUUGACACUAAUGAUGGGACGUUAGGUCCAGAUGCUGGUGUUAUACCGCGUUCGCUCUAUAAUAUAUUUGAAACAUUGGAAGAAGAAUCAGCAGAUUUCUCAGUUAGAGUAUCUUAUAUCGAACUUUACAAUGAAGAGUUAAAAGACUUGCUAUCUUCAGAAGACGACCCACCAAAAUUAAAAAUAUUGGAUGAUAAUAGUAGAAAAGGUGUACUUUAUGGUCACGAAGAGGUACUUAUUCAGAAUGCAGCACACGGGAUUCGUGUAUUGAAACAAGGUUCAAUCAAGCGUCAUAUGGCCCAGACUAAUUACAACAAGAAUUCCAGUCGCUCUCAUUCUGUAUUCUGUAUCACAGUUCACAUAAAAGAAACGAUGCCAGAUGGAGAAGAUUUGUUAAAGGUUGGUAAAUUUAACUUAGUGGAUCUAGCCGGUUCCGAAAAUAUAAGUCGAACGGGAGCCGAAAACAUUAGAGCCAAAGAAGCUGGAACUAUCAACAAAAGCUUGUUAACUCUCGGGCGAUGCAUUAAUAGCUUAAACGAUCACGCCGUUCACAUACCCUAUAGGGAGAGCAAGUUGACACGACUCUUACAAGAUUCAUUGGGCGGUCGAACAAAGACUUGCAUAGUUGCAACGGUAUCUCCGGCAAAGCAAAGUUAUGAGGAAACGCUAUCGACAUUGGAUUAUGCGCAUCGUGCUAAAAACAUUUUGAACAAGCCAGUUGCUAAUCAGCGUGUCACAAAAAAAGCACUGAUAAAAGAGUAUAUUGGUGAGAUUGAACGUCUGAAAGCAGAUCUACUGGCCGCUCGCGAAAAAAACGGCGUGUACAUGGCACAAGAGUCGUAUCAAAAACUAAUUGACGAAAACCAAAGUCGUAAAGACGAGAACGAUGAGUUGAGGAAGGUGAACGAGGAUCUCAAUGAGAGUGUCCAGAAAUUGGAACAAGAAAACAUGCAAGUGAACAACAAGCUUGCCCGUUACAUCGCCAUCGAUAAUCAUAAUCGCAAGGCCUUCCAGGAAUUUCAUGAAACUCUCUUGCGUACGACGUCACAAUUUGAAUCGAAACUUGGCGAACUAAAUUCUGCACACAUGGGAUUUAUGGAGUCAAUGGUCGACCAAACAAAGGAAUUCAUGGAAAAUCGAGCAACGGAAAUCACGGAAAAUCUAAAAUAUAUUGAUGACCGACUUGGGCAAUUUGAUAAGCAAAAGGAAAGUGUAAUUCUGUUGCUUAAGAAUGAAGAGAAGGUUGCAUCAAAUUUUUAUCAAGAACUUUCUAGAUUUCGCGAAGAAUCGACUAGGGAUUUGAUGCAAAAAGAAUUAGAAAUGCGCGCGAAUUCCGCGGCGAUGCUGGAAGGUUUAAGGCAUCAGCUGUCGAAUCAAUUUGAUAAAGUCCGACUGUUCCAUGACAAAAUCGAGGAUGAUUUAUCUCUCUUGGGAAAAACGACACAAUCUCAUAUCGAAUCACAGAAUCGAUUAAUUGGAAAUUAUAGAAACAUCACGCAGGAUACCACAGAGGCCGAGAAAAAAUUCUUGACGGAACAAGUUCAAGCAUUGACAAAGGUUGUGGAAGAGGAACGAUCCAAAAGAAUGUCUAUGCAAGUGGAAUUUUUGGCUAACAUUGCAGCAUACCUCACGAACUUUGAAACAUCCCAAUCGGCUAAGCUUGAGGCUGUCGAAAAGAACAUAAGCGCCUUUGACGGCAUGAUUUCAUCAAAUACCAGCUAUCUGGAGAAUUAUGAAAAACAAUACGAAUCCACCAAAGAAAACCUCGCCGCUCUUGCAAAGGAAAGUUUGCCCAGAUUCGUCUCCACCGUCUACUCCAUCAAGGACAGUGUUUCAUCGCAACUGGAUGCAUAUAAAAAUAAAAUCGAUUCAACCAUGUUAUCACUGGAUGCCUUGACAACGACCGCCAACGAGGAAGCGACGAAACUACACCAGCAACACGAUCAAUCAUUCAAGAACUUUGCGGCUGGAGUUGUUCAAAGUUAUUCCGACAUCCAGGGUAAAAUGGUCAAAGCACAAAACGAAUUGAAGUCAGGCGCACAAAAUGUUACAGAAUUGAAACAAAGCAAUGAAAAUAUAACGAACAAUUUACACACCGAAGUCGCGAAUCGAAUCAAGAAAUCUCGUGAAGAAAUAACUUCCUUCAAACUCUACCGCGAACACGUGUGA